AUGAGCGUCAUGGAAUCAAAAAUUAAAAGAGCAGAAGCAAGAUUACGGGAAGACCCUUAUGAAGGUCAUCAAAUGAUUCGUACUUUAGUAAAUCGACAGGUUAUGUCUAAGAAAUACGAUGACUCAAUUGCUUUACUAUACUCUGGUGCAAAGACUCUAUUCGAACUCGAGCAGAGUGGAAGUGCCGGAGAUUUAUCAAUUUAUUUGAUGGAUGUUUUCAUGAAGGCAUCGAGUUCUGUGUCAAUGGACAACAAAGCAAAAGCUUUAGCUCUUCUUGGAAGUUUUCCAUCCGAAGAGGGAAGCAAAAAGCAAUAUGUCAAGAAACUUCUUGAGUGGACAAAUUGUACUGGUCCUCAGGGCGAUCGUGAUGUCCAUGCAUCAGUCGGUAUCAUGUUUGCGAAAUGGGGAGAUCCAGUUUCCGCCGAGCGACACCUAGUCUUGGGAAAUGAAAAAUGUCCUGCUUUUUAUGCUCAAAUGCUGUUUAAUUGGGCUCAUGCUUCAAAACACGAAGACCCUGCUUUAUUUAUCGGACGUGCUGUUCUCAAGUAUCUUUUGGUCGGAAGUCCAGCUGAUGCCCUUCAAUGUUUAACUAAGUUCAUGCAGUUGUUCGAACGAUCCGGACAAUCACCGGACGAGACUUUCACCAUUGAUGGAAUCCGGAUUCCAGCUUAUAACUCUUAUCCUUACCUCAACUACUUACAUUUGCUUGUCCUUGCUGCUUAUCGAAAGGACAAGGAAACAUAUAUUUCGCUUUUGCAAAAAUACCCAAAGAAACCCGAAUGGGAGUCGGCUCUCGCUAAAGUCGAGGACGUUUAUUUUGGUAUUCGUCCUGUCAACCCCCAACCCAAUAUCUUGUCAAACCUCAUGAGUUCCUUGUUUACCAAUCCUUCAGGAGGGGGAAAUGCUAUUGACUUGGAGUAA